AUGCGUCGUCCUGUGGCUUCUUUGUUGCUGGCAACGGCUGGAACAGCAAUCGCGCAGAACACGACACAAGUCUACGAUUAUGCCAUCGCAGGUGCUGGUACAGCAGGACUUCUUCUAGCUAUCGUCCUCACCGAAGACCCUUCGAUCAAUGUCGCCGUCCUCGAAGCUGGCUCGGAUGGUCGCACAAAUCCCAACAUUACGAUUCCAGAACUGAGAGGCGAUAUCAUUGAUACGGAGUAUGAUUGGGACUACUACAGUACUGUUCAACCUGGUCUAUAUCAGAACAGGAGUCAGGCUGACUCUCGCGUCCAACUUGAUAUCUGGGAAUCGUUGCUCAACCUCACUGGAUGGAAUUGGGAGACUCUCUCGACUGCGUUCAGGGAGAGCGAGAUGUUCUUCGCCCCUCCAGCUAAUGCAUCCUCUGCUGAGGACCCGGAUCCUGCAAAUCAUGGAUCUUCUGGGUACAUCUGCUCGACGCUACAGCGUAGUGUACUGUCUCUGCUAUCCGACUACGUGACGCCCGCACUGCUCAACGCUGGCUACGCAGUACCUGGAGACCGAAACGGUGGCAAUGUUACUGGUGCUGGGUUCUUGCCUCUGGCUAUAUGUCCAGGAAACUACACUAGAAGUUAUGCUGGAUCAGCGUAUACUGCUGUUCAGGACAGAAAGAAUUUGCAUCUUUACACCAACGCACAAGUUACAAACAUCAGCUGGGCGUCCACAACAUCUGGAAACAUAACUGCCCGUGGCCUCAACUACGUGGACACCUCCGGUCGCACCUCCAACACCAGUCUCUCCAUUCGUGCCGACGAAAUAAUCCUCUCAGCUGGUAUCGCAGGAUCGCCACCAAUUCUCGAACGCUCAGGGAUUGGAAACCCUGACAUUCUGAUGCCGCUCAAUAUCACACCCCUCGUCAAUCUUAGCAGUGUUGGCACGGGCCUCAGAGAUCCAUUAAUGAUGCAGUAUCAACCCCUGCAGUACAACUUCAGCGUCGAGUUUACGGGUGGCGAGUACGCCCAAAACUACAUCGAUCUGCGACCAGCUCAAGAUGUGUUGUCAACUGCUGACUACAAUGCUGCAUCUACAUGGCUCAACUCGACCGCCUCAAUCCCCGGCCUGGAAGAUGCACAGUUCACAGUAUUCAAGCAUCUCUGGUACACCCGCCAGCCAUUGAUUGAGAUGGCAUGGCAGUAUAGCAGCACGCAAUCCAUGCCCUACACUUUGGUGCCUCUCAGUCAAGGUACCGUCCACAUCAACUCCUCAGACCCGAUGGCUGCACCAGUAAUAAACCCAAACUACAACUCCGUUACUGCAGUCAUUGGCAAUGAAACCGUUCCUUGGGAUCUCUGGUUCCUAUCCCGAGCAUCGCAAUUCUAUGUCAACGAACUUGCUUCCUCUACCCCUUUCUCAGACGUUUUGACCAAGACGGAUCCGGAUCACAAUCUCUCGCCAGCUGACUAUCAGCAAGCCGUCUUCGAACGCUCAGGUACUUCUCAACAUCUUACUGGAGGAUUGCCUAUGCUUUCGCGUGGUGCUGGUGGUGCUGUCGAUACACAAAUGCUCGUCUACGGCACCCGCAAUGUCAGGGUUGUCGAUGGAAGUAUCUUCCCGUAUCAACCAUCCGCUCAUCCUAUGGGCUUGACUUAUGCUAUGGCUGUCCAUGCGGCCAAGAUUUUGCAACAAAUCAAGGGCAGCAAGCUUACGUAUACUGAAGACUCUGCGAGAAGUAACUCGAGCGGUAAUGCCACGGCAAGUUUCCCGAAUGUGGCUCCGACGAUUACGUAUAAUGCUAAAGGGUCUGCGGUGCCUGCAAGUUCAUCUGUGGUGGCGUUUACUGGUGCGGCAGAGAAGGUGGAGGUUGGCAAGUGGAUGGUUGGAGGGAUCGUUGUCGCUUUGGGGUGGAGUAGUUUGAUGUGA